UCACCUCCUCACAUCUCUAAACUUUAUUCAUCAUGGCAACGGGAACCACAACAUCUGCAACCAGCGGCACCAAACCGACCACGAACAAUUUAGGCACCUCGACCAUCGAAGAAGCGCUUGAAACCAUUCGCCAGGGAGGGUUCGUUGUCGUCAUGGACAACGAAGACCGUGAGAAUGAAGGCGAUCUGAUUGCUGCUGCUGAAUUCGCAACGGAGGAGCGCGUCGCCUUCAUGCUACGUCAUAGCACGGGAAUCGUAUGUGUGCCAGCUCUACCUUCUCGUCUUGACGAGCUGCAGCUUCCGCUUUAUGGUGGCGAACAAUACUGAGGCCCACAAGUGCAAAUUUGCCAUCACCGUCGACCUGAAAGAAGGCAACUCGACGGGUGUCUCCGCUGCUGAUCGCUCUCGCACGAUUCGUGCAUUGGCGGACGCAAAGAUCGGCCCCACCGCUUUCAACCGCCCUGGACACAUUUUCCCAUUACUAGCGCAAGAAGGUGGCGUAAUGGUGCGUGCUGGCCAUACGGAGGCUGCAAUUGACCUCGCCAGAUUGGCUGGAGUCAAGCCUGUAGGCUACUUGUGCGAGAUCAUGGGGGAUGAUGGACGUAUGCUACGUUGUCCGCAGCUCCAGGAGUUCUCCAAGACGCCCAGUCUGCCGCUUGUCACGAUCUCGGACUUAAUUCGCUUUCGUGUCCGCACAGAGACGCUAGUUGAGCGAACUAAAGCCAAAGCCACUACAAUCUCCACUCCUUUCGGCGAGUUCUCGUCGCUAGAAUACAAGUCACUUGUCCAGGAAGACCAAACGUAUCAUGCGCUUGUAUUUGGCAAUGUGAGCGGUCAGAAGAAUGUGCCUGUGUCCUAG